AAGCAGCGAUCGGAGAUGGAUGUCUCUCUUUGCCCAGCCAAGUGUAGUUUCUGGCGGAUUUUCUUGCUGGGAAGCGUCUGGCUGGACUAUGUGGGCUCCGUGCUGGCUUGCCCUGCAAAUUGUGUCUGCAGCAAGACUGAGAUCAAUUGCCGGCGGCCGGACGAUGGGAACCUCUUUCCCCUCCUGGAAGGGCAGGAUUCAGGGAACAGCAAUGGGAACGCCAGCGUGAACAUCACGGACAUCUCAAGGAAUAUCACUUCCAUACACAUAGAGAACUGGCGCAGCCUACACACACUCAAUGCCGUGGACAUGGAGCUCUACACUGGACUCCAGAAGCUGACCAUCAAGAACUCAGGACUCCGGAGCAUCCAGCCCAGAGCCUUUGCCAAGAACCCCCAUUUGCGCUACAUAAACCUAUCAAGUAACCGACUCACAACGCUCUCGUGGCAGCUCUUCCAGACGCUGAGUCUUCGGGAAUUGAGACUGGAGCAGAAUUUCUUCAACUGCAGCUGUGACAUCCGCUGGAUGCAGCUGUGGCAGGAGCAGGGGGAGGCCAGGCUGAAUAGCCAGAGCCUCUACUGCAUCAGUGCAGAUGGCUCCCAGCUCCCUCUCUUCCGCAUGAACAUCAGUCAGUGUGACCUUCCUGAGAUCAGUGUGAGCCAUGUCAACCUGACCGUACGAGAAGGCGACAAUGCUGUCAUCACUUGCAAUGGGUCUGGAUCACCCCUGCCUGAUGUGGAUUGGAUAGUCACUGGGCUGCAGUCCAUCAACACCCACCAGACAAAUCUGAAUUGGACCAACGUCCAUGCCAUCAACUUGACACUGGUGAACGUGACGAGUGAGGACAAUGGCUUCACCCUGACGUGUAUUGCAGAGAACGUGGUGGGCAUGAGCAAUGCCAGCGUCGCCCUCACUGUCUACUACCCUCCGCGUGUGGUUAGCCUGGAGGAGCCCGAACUGCGUCUGGAGCACUGCAUUGAGUUCGUGGUGCGGGGCAACCCACCACCCACCGUGCACUGGCUGCAUAAUGGGCAGCCACUGCGGGAGUCCAAGAUCAUCCACGUGGAGUACUACCAGGAGGGUGAGCUGGCCGAGGGCUGCCUGCUCUUCAACAAGCCUACGCACUACAACAACGGCAACUACACACUCAUUGCCAAGAACCCCCUGGGCACAGCCAACCAGACCAUCAGGGGCCACUUCCUGAAGGAGCCUUUCCCGGAGAGCACAGAUAUUGUUGUCUUUGAAUCUGAUGUGAGCCCUACACCUCCUAUCACUGUGACUCACAAACCUGAGGAAGACACUUUUGGGGUAUCCAUAGCAGUUGGACUGGCUGCUUUUGCCUGUGUUCUGUUGGUGGUUCUCUUUAUCAUGAUCAACAAGUAUGGCCGACGGUCCAAAUUUGGAAUGAAGGGUCCUGUGGCUGUGAUCAGCGGUGAAGAGGACUCAGCCAGCCCCCUGCACCACAUCAACCAUGGCAUCACCACGCCCUCCUCUCUUGAUGCCGGGCCUGACACAGUGGUCAUUGGUAUGACACGCAUCCCAGUCAUCGAGAACCCCCAGUACUUCCGUCAGGGACACAACUGUCACAAGCCAGACACGUGGGUCUUUUCAAAUAUAGACAAUCAUGGGAUAUUAAACUUGAAGGACAAUAGAGAUCAUCUAGUCCCAUCAACUCACUAUAUAUAUGAGGAGCCUGAGGUCCAGAGUGGGGAUGUGUCUUACCCAAGGUCACAUGGUUUCAGAGAAAUUAUGUUGAAUCCAAUAAGCCUUCCUGGACAUUCCAAGCCUCUUAACCAUGGCAUCUAUGUUGAGGAUGUCAAUGUUUAUUUCAGCAAAGGACGUCAUGGCUUUUAAAAACUCCUUUUAAGCCUCCUUAUUUUGAUGUCACCUUGGUAGGCUGGGCCCUCUGAGAGGUUGGAAGCUCUAGGCAUUUUCUCUUUGGAUCCGGGGAUGCUAAGUAGAAACUGCAUGAGCCACCGGUGCCGCUGCACUUUCUAACACCACCAAGAUGGGUGUUCCCCACCCACCACUGGCAGGGCUGCCCUUUCCCUCCAAUCAUCACUGUGCUCCUUUUUUGUCCAGCCUACGAGGCAGCUCCUGCCACCAUCUUUAGAGCCAAUAAAGAGAAUUACAAACCUGUGCACCAGGAGCCAUCUUUUAAACACACUAGCCAUUCUCUUGCUUUGCAAAACAACCCAACCACCAGGAGAAAGCCUGAUGAAGUCCAGCCGUGCUCAGAAGUGUGGGGUCUCCCUGGCUCUCCCUAGGAUCCCGUGCUGUCCUCUUAGUGACCUCGUCGCCCUGCAAGCCUCAGUGGGGAAGAGUCAGAGAGCAAGCAGCUAAGCAGAGGUGGAGACGGCGUGGUAAGAGGAGGGGGAGCCAGGCCCAAGCAUUGGCACCAGCGUAGGUCUCAGAGGAAAGAAUGGAAACCGCUUUGUUUUUGUUUUUUUGGUGGAGAAAAUUUACCUUUUUUUGGACACAUUUGCCCUGCCUUCCUCUUCUCUCUGGAGUGGCUCACAGUGGUACCAUGUUAGAGGUUCCAAGUCGGUUCCUUGGAAAGAGCAUUUCUCCAGGCUCCGCCUUGGCCCCUAGAGCUGCAGUUCCGACAAGCUUUGGCUGCAGGAGGUCUUGCCUGUGAAUUGGCCAUCCUACUAGGACCUCAAGGGACCAAGGGAAUCAGGGAACAAGGCCCUUCCUGCUAGUCCAUGAUCCUGGGAUUGGCUCUCUUCUCCCACUUCCACUUAUUCUUGACUCAGAACUUUUGGAACCCAAUGGAAUCACCAUUUCAAGGUGAAGAUGAACUGAAGGGGAAGAAAAGUAAAAAUUGGCCUCCUCCAGCCCCUCUCAUGGCACCAAUGGAAGUGUCAUCCUGUUCUCUGGUCAAUUUGUGUGUUUACUUUGCUUGCUUUGACUCAUGCCUUACUCCGUAGCCACCCUCUCCCAAAGAGGGGCUGUUUCCCCCACUUUCAACUUGACUUAUGGGGGAGGGAAAGGGGGGAUGCUGUCCCUUGCUUGAUAGGAAAGGCACAUUUGUGGCUGAACAGGCUUCUGGCUUGGUCCAGUUCCUUGCAUACCCACAGAAGUUCCUGUUGUGAAAAGGCAGCCUCUGCUAUCACUUGAUAGUGAAGAACAAGGAGCAGCCCAAGGGCAGUUCUUGGGACAAAAUUGCUGUUGUUAUAGCCAGUGUAUUUUGGCAUGUGUUGCAUAGCAUUUGAGAGUAGAUCCUAUACUUUUAGCAGAUUUCCCUGGGAAUUAGAAAUCCUAUUUAAGGGUUUUCUUCCCUGGGUCCUAUGGAUGGUGCUUCUUCAUGUCAGGUUCCCAGCCUGAUCCUGCAGAUGCCUCCAUAGGAUUUGAAAACAGGAAGCUUUCCAAGUUCUUGCUCAGUAUCUGGGGUGGCCUCCCAGGCCUCUGAGUUUUUAGAGUAUCACCUGGGGGUUCCGGUUUUCUCCAGGACCUCCAGGUAUGUGUUAGCUCUGCCUAGUUCCCUAUCCUGCUCCCCAUCACCCCACACCAGGCCCUUCCCUAUCACACCCAGCUGCCCCUUGAUCUAAGGCCUCCUCCUGAGUGUGGCUUUAAGGAGUAAGCUUGAGGAUGAUGUUUUUUAAUAAUUGUAAAUCAUUACCUCAUUUCCAGCCUCCCAGGCUCCAUUCAUCCCAGCAUCUUUUAUUCUGCCAUUUUCUUCACCUUGUGCUAUGACAAUGGGGCGUUGUGUUUCCACAGAGACUUAUAGGAGUGUUCAGUGUA